AUGAAGGUCAUCGCCAUUCUGUCGCUCGUCUCGCUCGCCUUUGGCAGCGUCGUUGAGAAGCGCGAGUGUGCCGGCAACAACUGCAACCGUGCCAUCACCGGAGUCCAGGACCGUCCUGCUCCCCUCUCGGUCCGCCAGGCCGACUGCUCCAGCUUCCAGACCACCACCGUCACCCCCGCUGCCACCACCGUGACCGUGACCGUCGAGGCUGAGGGCACCGCCGUCAUCAAGCGUGACGCCAUUCUCGAGAUCCGCCAGGCCACCUCCAACGUCAAGCCCACCUACGCCACCGCUUGCUCAUCUGACGCCGCCUACGCUUCGGCCUGCAACUGCUGGGGCAUCACCUCUGCCGUCACCACUGCCCCUACCCCUACCGUCACCGUCACCAGCACCAUCGACUACUGCGAGGACUUGUAA